AUGACUCUCCAGGCCAUUAUAGAAAACCCUCAGAUCCUUUUGCAGACUUCGAUUGAUGACCGCUCACUACAGCUUGAGUCUCUGUUGGGCAUCGGUGCAUAUGGAAUCGUUUAUCUCGGACGUCGUAUUUAUUCAGAUCGUCUUUAUGCUGUCAAGCUUCUCACAAAUCUCAAAGCAAGUCGCCACGAAGUAGAUAUCCAGGCCCAUCUGUCGGGUCACCCAAACAUUCUGUCGGUUGAAAAGAUUGUUCACGAGGCCGAUCUUACCUUUAUCAUACUCGAAUAUGCCUCAGAAGGCGAUCUCUUUGGAGCCAUCACACACUCUCACCACGGUCUAGUCGGAAACAACCAUGCGAUUCGACAUAUCUUUCUCCAGAUCAUCGAUGCCGUCCAGCAUUGUCACCAGAAUAAUAUUGCCCACAGAGAUCUGAAGCCAGAAAACAUCCUAAUGUUCCCAGACUGGCAUAUAAAACUAGCAGACUUUGGUCUGGCCACUCCACAGGCCACCUCUACUGAGUUUGGCUGUGGAUCCACCUUUUACUUUUCUCCAGAGUGUCAGGGUAGUGCUCUUCAGAGCUUUGGGAAAAUGAAGGGUUAUGAUACAAAGCAAAACGAUAUUUGGAGUCUUGGUGUGAUUCUGGUAAACUUUGUGGCCGGACGGAACCCUUGGAAAAGAGCAUCGAUGGACGAUCCGACCUUUGCGGCCUUU